CCGCCCCUCCUCCUAUGGUCCUCCUGGAGCAGGGGUGUGCGGCUCCUCGUCCCGCCCCUGCCUCUGAGUGACAGCAGCGUGGACAGCUGCCCACCCGGCCGGACCCGCAGUUGGGCCGCCCUCGCUGUGCUCCGCUGAGCAGAUAUUUUGGAGAUCAAAGAUGGGUAGAAAAGACUCUUCCACUACAAAACUUCCUGUCGAUCAGUACAGAAAGCAAAUUGGUAAACAGGAUUAUAAAAAAACCAAACCUAUUUUACGAGCAACCAAAUUAAAAGCAGAAGCAAAGAAAACAGCACUAGGCAUGAAGGAAGUCGGCCUCAUGCUUGCAGCUAUCCUGGCCCUCCUACUGGCUUUCUAUGCUUUCUUUUAUCUCCGGCUGUCCACAAAUAUUGACUCUGAUCUGGACCCAGAUGAAGAUUAGCUGAACAGCAAUCAAUAAAGAAAAGGAAAUAAUUCUGAUAAGAGCAUCCUUGGGGACAAAUACUUUGCCAGUUUCCCAAACUAGAACAUUUUGAAUAUUUUCUUCUUGGUACUGUCAGUUUGCAGAAAUAUCUUUGUACCUAGCGGCAUAAGAUAUCUGGAGAACUUAUCAAGCAAUCUAGAGUCACGCAUGCUACUCAAUACUUUGUAAAUCUUUCUGCUCUGGCAGAUCCUCUAUUCAUGAUAUAGUUGGAUAACACGGUUUUCAAAUGUCUUCCCAAUUUACAUGUAUAACUCAACCAGUUACACAUAACUAAAUCUGUUUUAUCCUAUGUAUAUUGUAAGAAAAGUAUCCAUUGUCAUUUGUAGAAGCAUACUCAAAAUUAUAUUCAGAACCUAAGAAUGAACAGAAAGUAAUGGGAAAUUUUUAGUUUACAAAGAAGCGUGCUUUCUCUGCAGACAUAUUUGAUAUCAUUAGGGAGACUAUCUGCACAUACAUCCACAGGAAUCUUUUCCUUCCUUGCCAACUGUGAGUGCACAUGCGCUGCCUCACAAAUGGCACCUGGAUGACAGAAGCUCAAAGAGUCACAUAUGUCCCUAAAAUCGACUUCCUUUCCUCUUGGGCUGCCUGAACUGGUGUAAAUAGAAAGUUCAGUUGAUCUUGAUUUUAAUUAACUUAUUACUCCAUUAAUGUAACACUGGAAUUCUAUAUUAAUUAUGUUGUUCUGGCUGCCUGCAGUAUUAGUUUGCCCCUCUUGUUAAGGAGCUAUGUAACAAUCUGCUAUUUAAUUGCGCAGGGUUUUUCACACUGCAGAAUUAGCAGGGGUGUACCUACACUGAAUCAUUUUAUUGGGUUGUCUCUUAAAUCUAAGCAUUUUAAAGGAAUUUUUUUAAACUUACAUUUUGUCUCUUUAGAAUUAAUUUCCACGCUGUAAAGAAAAAUAAAUAAUAGAAAAAUAUAUAUCACAUGUUACUUUCAUCUGUACUUUUCUGUAAAAUUUGUCAAUAUAUUUGGUGUUAUAGCAUAAAGACUAUUCAAUACUUUAUUGGCAAUCAGAGUUUUAAUAGAAUUCUAAAACACAUGAACACAUAAAGCUUAGAAAGUUCUGUGGUAUAUACACACACACAUAUAUAUCCACAGAAUUGAUAUUCACUCCUAUCUGAUAUAAACAUGUAUAGAAAGUGGCUAUCUUGAAAUAUAUGCAGCGUUUUGGGGUGUAUAUUGACUUUCUGAAAAACAAAUACAAUUCUAAGAACAUUUUCUUACUUGCCAAGAGACAGAAGCUCUAAUAAAUACUCUAGGAGUUCAUCUGGCUUUAUAGCAUAGUUUCUAAAGAAAAGAUAUUCUUUCGUACUUUUGAGUAUGUCAGUGUAGCAUUUGUUCUGUCGAAUCUUUGAAGUAGCGUAAUUCAUUUCAUCGGUGUGAACAGCCAAAGGUUCCAGGAUCCUCACAGAUUAUUUAUGCCAAACAUCUGAGGGCAAUAUGUAGCCAGUGUUCUUUGCUGGAUCCUUCCUCUUGAAUUCCCAGACUCAAGAGACAGAGGAAGAGUUUUGUAUACUCACCACAGAGGACCCAUCCAAGUGGCAUUUGUAGGAAAGGUUGCAGCAUUUUAUGCCAUGUGGUAUAUCUGUUCGCGAAGUGGGAGGCAAGGGAAUAUCCAAGCUGGCAUUUUGGAUUUGAUGGGCCUUUUACUUUCCUGAGUGACAUGCCACAUGUCAAGAAAUACUGCUUUCUUCCAGUCUCAUCACAUUUACGUGAGCAAUUUUCAUUUAGUUAUUUCCCUCCCAUAUGGUGUUAAAAACAGUCACAUCCAAUAAAGCUUAUUUCUGGUUUUCAGUGUAA